AUGAAUAAACUUGAAUGUAUAAAAAAGGCUGGGCAAGCCGUAAGUAAUAUUCUAAAAAGACUAAAAAAAGAAAUCAAGCCUGGUGUUUCAGGAAAAGAUUUAGAUAAAUUGGCCCGACAAUUAAUGAAAGAACAAAAAGUUCAAUCAUCCAGCCUUGAUUACAAAGGGUUUUCAGCCGCCAUUUGCGUUUCUCUUAAUGAAGAAUUAACACACGGCAUUCCUGACGAGCGGAUUUUCAAGGAAGGUGAUUUAGUUUCGAUUGAUGUGGCUUGUAAUUACCAAGGUUAUCAUGCUGAUGCUGCUUUGACUACUAUCGUUGGAGAAGGGAAUGAAGAAAAAAGAAGUCUACUAAAUAUAACUAAAAAUAGUUUAUACUUUGUGAUUCAAAAUAUUCAACCUGGCAUUACUACCACUCAGGAUAUUGGGGCAAUGUUAGAAAAAUACAUACGCACUCGUGGUUAUUACCCCAUUAAAGAAUAUGGCGGACAUGGAAUUGGGGAAAAUCUUCACCAAGAACCCUUUAUUCCUAAUUAUAAAAUUUCUAAUAAAGGAGAAGUUAUUAAAGAAGGAAUGUUUAUUUGUAUUGAACCAUUAGUUCAGAUUGGUGAUGCUGAAGUAGAAGUUUCCCCCAAUAAAUGGACCGUAUUUUCCAAAAAUGGCUAUUUGAACGCUCAUUUUGAACACACAGUAUAUAUCAGCAAAACAGGAGCAGAAAUAUUAACUAAUUAUGAAGAAGAAUAA